GGAAGAACGCUAGAAGGAGUUCCACUUCCGUUUUAAGAUGGCAGCUACCGUCAAGAAAUCUGUUGGGGUUGAAGAUGUCAAUGUCACUUUUGAAGACCAGCAGAAGAUUAACAAGUUUGCUACAAGCACAAAUCGGAUGAGCGAAUUGAAAGAUGAAAUAGAAGCCAAAAAAAAAUCUUUGCAGAAUUUAGAAGAUGCAAGUGAUGACCUUAUGAUGCUGGAGGACGAUGAUCUCCUGAUCCCGUAUCACAUCGGAGAUGUUUUCAUCAGUCAUACACAGGAGGAGACGCAAGAGAUGCUCGAGGCUGCAAAGGAAGCUCUGAAGGAGGAAAUCAAGUCUCUGGAAAGUCGAGUGACCUCAAUACAAGAAGUGCUCGGAGAUCUCAAGGUCCAGCUGUAUGCCAAAUUCGGGAACAACAUUAAUCUGGAAGCUGAUGAAAGCUGAAUGCUUCAAUAUUUGGACCAUUUGACAAACUGACACCAGUUUCCAAUAUGGAUCUUACACCCAGAUGUAGUUGAUGAUUUUGCAGCACUAAUUGUUGGUUCAGUCUUGUAUGGGCGGUUAUGUUUGUGUACUUAAAGUAUAGGAGGUGGCUUUGUUUGAUGUUUUUACAGAAGAGGCUGAUCCUGAGCACUCCUAGCACAGCGAGUAGUUACUGCUGUUAAAAUAAAAAGGAUAAACUGAUGAAUUCA